AUGGGCGCGGUCGUCCCGGAUGGGCGCGACCGGUUUCCCGUCUCGCAGCGAACCCUCGACCUCAAAACCGAGAGCGCGUACUUCCGCGUGAGACUGUGCGUGCCUCGACCGCGCGCGCCCUGUGUCCGUCCAACCAAUCAACCCUCGGCUCACCCGCCCGUCCCCCGCUUCCCGCUAUCCGUCCGCAGCGAGCUCGUCGGGUCAUCGGAACCGCCGAGCGCGGCCACCUUCGCCACGGCGAUCACGCACGCGCUCGCCAAGACCCACGGCGUCGUCGGGGGCGCGAUACCCCUCGACCACCUCUCGUUCGAGCCCGACGAGAUUGGGACAAAAUCGGGGCGAGGACGAGAUGGGCACAGCUGUGGAUGCGUGGGCGUCGCGCGCUGCCACGCGAGCGACGCGCGAAAGGUGCGGACCGCGCUGGCGAUGCUGACGACGACGCCGGACGGGACGGAAUGUCGCGCGAGCGUGCUCGGCGAGUCGGGAUCGUUGGUCGCCCUCGCCGGCGAGUGCGCGGCGAGGGACCUGGCGCGGCGACUGAUUGCGCGAACGUAG